AUUCAUCUCACUCUGCACCAAGCAAUGGAAUCUCAUCUUAAUUCCAAAACAUUUCUUUUGCUUUUCUUCUUAACCUUUGCACAAACUUGCUAUGGAGCAAUUCUCUUCUCUUCCCUUCCACAAACUCUGGUUGUCUCUGCUUCUCCUAAACAAGGCCAAGUUCUAAAAGCUGGAGAAGACAACAUAACUAUGACCUGGGGGCUGAACCAGAGCUAUGAAAGAGGGAUAGAUGAGUCCUAUAAGGUCACAAAGGUGAAACUAUGCUAUGCACCAGAAAGCCAGGCAGACCGAGCAUGGAGGAAAACUGUGGAUGACCUUAAGAAGGACAAAACAUGCCAAUUUAGCAUGGUUGAAAGGCCUUACACUAGUCAUCAAAACCAGAGUUUUGAAUGGAUGAUAGAGACUGAUAUUCCCACAGCAUUGUAUUUCGUUAGAGCUUAUGCAUAUGAUUCAGCUGGUAAUGAGGUGGCUUAUGGUCACACCAUUGCCCUCUUCAACAUUCAAGCAAUCAGUGGCCGCCAUUUGUCUCUUGACAUUGCUGCGGCUUGCUUCUCUGCCUUCGCUUUGGUGUCUGUCUUUUGCUUCUUCUUUGCAGAAAAGAGGAGUAGAAGGCUUAUGGCGGCAAAGAAUUGAUGAUACGAUAAUCCAACUCCCCACGCUGAAUUGUAGAGCACCUCUAAUGAGGUUUUGGUUGGAAAAAAGAAAUUAUGGGAGAAAAUUGUAAUUUCUUGGAAAAAAACAUAAGGUGGAAAAUACAGUUUACAAAGAAUAGAAUUGUUCAGAAUGGAAGGUACCUAAUUUAUUAUUUUUUAAUCAAAAGUAUCAUAUUAUUUA